AUGGCCGACUAUAACGAAGAUACUUCCUGGCUCGCUACGAGCGAGUUAAGGAUUGAGGAUCUUGUUGAUCUUGAUCUUUAUGAUCACUCUGAAAGUUCUAGAGAAAUCCAGGCCCCUCACAUACGUGCUUACGAUGAGUUGAUGCUUAAGCGGAGGGCUACUCGUGUUGAUACUUCUGAUCCAGAGAAACUUCGAACAAAGGAGGUUUAUGACCGAAUGAGAGAUACUUAUUGAUACAGCGAAGAAGAGGUUUACCCAAAGGAAAGCCUGUCGUAGUUAUACACAAAUAUACUAUCUUGUGUUCCGCGAAGGGCGCCUAGAUAUCUAUAGGGUUAUUACCUAUUUUCUUGCGUGUAUCUACGGAAGAUUUGUAGUAUAGGAUUAUUACUACUUACCUAUUAUUAAGGAAGGUGUAGACUUCGAGUAUAUACGUUAGCUUUGCACGAAUACCGCAGAAUUUGCCUAUAAGGACUACGCAGUAGUAGAGCAGUAAGUCUCGCGAAAAAUAAUAUAUAGUAAGCAAGCUAGAGGAGAGGCUUAGUUAGUCCGGACUAAAUAUAAAGUUCGUUUUAAGAUCUUCUAGCUAAUCAAUCUCUUAGAGAACCUAUUCGUUAUCUUCCUCUUAUCUAGAAUACAUUGCUAUAUUCUACUACCGCUGAGCCGGCCGCUAAGAUCGAUAUUAGGGGAGGUUCUUGAGCUAAUUAAACGUAUACAAAGUCCUAACCUUACAAUAAGCCUCUUUCUGCGUAGUCCUAAACUUCGCGAUUUCUGUAAGUUAUACUAUAGAGAAACUCUCUCUUAGAUCUACGUAAGCUUUGCGAACUAUAACUGUAUUAGGGCGCUUAUAUUAAAGUAAAGGAUACUAGCCUAUCCUAAAGGCAGAGAUCUUAAAGGAGUUUAUUAGAAGUAUACAAAGGAUCCUGAAUAGCGCGAAUAUACUCGGGGGAUUUACAACGUUCCCUAUAAUAAUAGAGUAAUUAUUCUAUACGUAUUAGACUCAUAGAUUAAGCUUCUUGUAUCUGUUAAGUCUUUUGAGGUUGAUAUAUUGUAUAAACGUACGAAGGGUGAAUUUAACGAAGUGAUCUUUGCAAUAUUUUACGAGAAGUAUAGAAAAGUUAUUACUCUUAUACGUACUUUUGUAAACCGGUAGGAUAAAUAUACCUAUAAGAAGCUUUUUAAGGUCCUCUUUGAGCGUGUAGAAAUAGUGACUGGAUUUCUAAUCCGCUUCUAUUAUCUAUAUAGCGAAGGCUUAAGGGCAAUUGUGAUAGAUAUAGACUAAGGCUAGUUCGUUAGUCUUAGUCUCUACCUUUAAAGGCGUGAUCCAGAAAAUCGAGAGUGGAUAUAGUAGUUACGUAAUAUUAUCCUUUUCUGCUAUAUCCACUUUAAACGUAUAGUACGAAAGAUAGUUCCUUCUGAAUUUAGGCGUGUUUAUUCCUCUAGUCAAACACGUUUAAAUAGUCUCCUUAUAAGCCUAAUAAGUAAGGAGUAUUUUAAGUUAAUCAACGUUAUUAAAGAGCUCGAACCACGCUUCUUUGACUAGGCUAAAUAUAAGGUAUAUAAGGUAAUUGCAGUAGGUCUUUAUAAGGCUUACUUACUAAUAAGGCCUAAGUUCUAGGAUAAAGUACAGAACUCUACUAAUACGGUUAAGUAAUUUUAUAAUAAAUCCUACUCUAUAGGAAAGUACAAGACGUUACUUAAGGUAAUUUAAGGAUCUCGUAUUCUAGAUUAACGGGAUAUAGAUCAGUAUACUGCUCGCGAAUAAUAUAAUCUCCGAUAUAGAUAUCAGUCUGCUAAUAUAAGGUCACGUUACGCAAACUAUAUAACAAAUAAACUUCGGUAUACCGCACGUUAAGAGCAGCAAUUGCAAGCUAGUCUUGAAGAAAGAAACGAACAAUAAUAUUAGAUUCUUGAGAGAUCAAGCUCCUCAGGCUUUGUACGAAGAAGAAGAGGGUCUUAUACUAUAAGGUUAAGAUCUCGGAUACCUAUAUAAGCUUUACUACGUUGUGCGCUAUCUCAAAUCUUAUCGCGAGCAAGUUCUCUAUUAUCACGAUCUCAACGAAGUCAAUCAUUCACUUCAACAAUCUAGCCGCUAAGUUUACUAGUGCCUUCUAUCGCAUUACCUUCUUUACUGUAUAGUCUUAUACGUCUCGCGACAGCAAAUCAUCAGGCAACCCUAGCUCGUCUAUCUCUAUAACUACUAUCUCUAGUUUUAUCGCUAUUACCUAUAGUUCCUUCAGUACUAGAGAUCCUAUUAGAGAUCAUCGCUGCACAACUCGAGG